AUGUUGUUGCAACCCGAUAUAAACAGUCUGCCACACAACAUGCGUGCACAGAUUCAAGUGUUAACAAAUCAGCUCGCCAAGACUCAGGCUACCCCAGCAGCGGAACCUACGGUUGAGCAAAAGUUCAACAAGAAAGUCGAGAUUGUCGCUGACCGCGGCACUUUCAAAGGAGAUAGGGCUCAAUUUGCUGAAUGGUGGAUCAAGCUCCAGAUCUGGAUCAAGGCAAAUUGGGACACAUUUGCCGAUGAUUUUGAGAUAGCGACUGCUGUGCUAUCUCAACUAAAAGGACCUGUGGCGGGUCAAUACGCCCAAGCUGAGCAUGACUGGGUGUGUCAGCAAAUCUGUUCCUUCAAGCAAGGCAGCAUGAGGACGGAUGAUUAUGCCACCCGGUUCCUGGCUCUCUCUAUCCAAGGAGGGCUUGGAAAUGAACAUGCAGUAGAGCUGCUAGAACGCAAUGUGAACCCCCGCAUUGCCGAACAGAUCUAUCUGCAGGAUACACGAAGCAACAACCUGGCCCUGGUGGCUGAGGAAGUCUGA